UUGCUACGAGACGAACUGAAUACUUCCGGCGAGUCUUCGUGCACAGAAACAACAAUGUCUGGUCUGCCGCGAGAGAUUUUAAAGUGGCUUCAAAGUCUUGAUCUUACAUGGAAAGUAAAGACGCCUAAAUGGGACCUGACCAAUGGAUAUCUCCUUGCAGAGAUUUUUUCAUGGUAUUUUCCACAGGAGAUUCAGAUGCAUUCAUUCUACAACUGCAACUCCUUGCCUAUUAAACAGAAAAAUUGGAGUUUGCUUAAAAACUUUAUCAAGUCAAAGGAACUAAAGAUUCCUGAACAGUACAUCGAGGGAACUAUUCAUUGUAAAGAAGGAGCUGCUGCCUUGCUUCUGGAGAGUAUGUACGAACUUCUGACUCAUCGAAAGGUCACCAAGAUGAAAUCAGAAAUGCCUGAGGACUAUACAGAUUAUGCAUACCAAGUCAAGCUGCCAAUGCAUGCCAGAUCUACUGCAUCCAAGGCAGUUAAAAACAAUCUUCGCAACACUGAAAUCUUGGCAGACCCAUGUCUCAUUGUCAAUGCUCAAAAGUGUCACAAAAUAAUCAGCGACCAUGUUGAUCACCGACACUUAGAAAGAAUAUUAGAUCCUGUGAGGUUUGGCAUCAAGCCCUCGGUGGGUGAGAGAUGCCUGCGCAAGCCUCUUUCUGAGGUGAGAUCUGCACCGAACAAGGAGGCAGAGAAGACGUUGGGGAUCUUGAGGGUAAUGACCAGUCCAAAGCAGGUCAGUGCUUUGUCCAGUUUACCUUUGACACGAGAACCAAGUGUUCAAUUCAAGGAAAUUCAAGUGCAGCAAAUGGACAAAUCUGCAUUUUACAGCAUGCCUAUCCAAGGAUUUUAAGAUUGUUUGGCUUGUCUGAUCAAUAUGUGGGCUGCCUCACUAAAUAUCAAAUGUUUACUUGUCACCAAAAAUCUUCCUCUGUGCAAAGCUUCUAUUUACACUGUGAAGGUGAAUCGAACAAUUAAGCUGUGCCUCAUUUUGCUUUGUCACAAAAUAGUUCCCUUAAGGAUAAUUACAGAUACAGCACAUAAAUUUCCAAUUUCAUUACAAUAUUAACUUUGUGUUUUUAAAGUUAAAUUAAUCAUUGUUGAAGUUUACGAAAUCUGUUGGUGAAUUUUCAGUGUUUGCAGAGCAGGCAUUACUUUAUGAACGAAAUCUCUUCAGAUUUCUUAUGGUUUUUUCCCCUCUUCAUUAAUAAAUGUAAAUUGCUUUUCUGAGAUAUUUUGGGGGAACUAACCAACUUACUUUUGAGUAAUAUGACCCAUUAUUUAUACUAGUGUUAAAUAUUUUCACAUCUAUGCUUAGAAGAAGAGCAGUGUGGCUAGCCAACAGCUGAAAAAUACAAAACCCCAUAAAAACGUACUGAUCAAUUUCCUAUUUCUGUUACCACUGGAACAUAAUAUGGCAGAACACUUUUGUGAUUUUUUAGGCUGCAUUUCUGCUAAUUUUGUUUACUUCUUCCCUAAAUUUUCUGGAAAGUGUGAUGGAGAAAGCAUUCUUGCUGUUUGCACAGCAAGAUAAAAUUUUCUGCACAUUGAUCACAUCAAUGAUUACACACUUGUAUGCUUUGUUGUGUGAUUUCUUUAGUAUGAUUUGCAACAUUUUUCUUUCAAUCAAAACAGCAUAGUAUGCUUUACAUGUAUGUACAGGGAGUAAAAAGAGCAGAAAGAUGUCAACUAUAGCUCUAUUGAUACUGAAACUGAAAUUAUCCAAAUGCAUUUGGCAUCAUCUGAAUGUGGCUAAAAAGAAAAAUCAUAUCUGCAGUCAUUAAGAAAACGUCAUGCAGGUACUAUCCCGAAGUGUGCAGUUAUAAGUGAACUCAACAGCAAUAAUUUAUUAUUUCAGAAAGUUGCUCCAUUUGCAUGUCAAAGACACCUAUAAAUAUCAAAGUUUGCUUACAUUACAAACAAAUGUCUUAAAACAAAAUAUCAAUAUUUGUACAACAAACAGCAGCAUACUCAACACAUGCAGAUCCGUUAAACUUUUACACAAACAAUCUGAAAAACCAAAAUCAAGUUUCAAUGAAAUAAAAAAAUCAACAUAAAAUGAAACAGAACUUGCUGUAUAAUUUUUAUCACGUUUUAAAGAUUAAUGGAAGCAUGAAACUAUAAAACAUCAGCAUUUUCUCUAAGCUAUGCAUUCUUUCUGCACUCUGUCAGAAGGAAAUGUUGCCAAUUAUAACUGCUUUUUGUGAAAUGAAGUAACAAAUGGCAGAAAGUAGCAAAGGGUCAUUGAAACUGACUCUAGUGGUGACCCCAGAUCAGACUAAGCCCUCUUUAAAAACCAAGUUGUGAAGGAAGUGAACUUGCUACACCAGAUCUAUUAAGUGUUGAUUCUAUUAUAAUAGAUGGUUUCUAGCCAAAAGAAAAAUACUACCCAAUAAAUUUAAUUCUGAUGUGUGGGACAGUGAGAAAGUGAAAAUGUUCAUGUUAUUAAAACAAUGGAUGGAAGAAAAUUAUGUACUGCUGAUAGAUAUGAUGCAGAAAAUUCUGGAAUCAGCAAAACAAAUUUGUAUUUCGUAUUUCUAAAGAGAAAUCUGAAACAUAAACAAAUCAUGCUGCUUUGAAAUGUUCUAUCUCCUCAUGCUUAGUGAGAUGUCAAGUGGAAAUUACUGGAAGCAGACUGAUAUGACACAGGUAUCAGCAAUGUUAGUCCUUUGAGAGAAAAUUUAUUGCAAAAACACGAAAUUCUAGAUUGCUAAGCUUAGUACUUUUAUUAUUUUGCCAAUUUUCAUUACCUUAUGCAACAUCAAAAAUGUGUGGUAUGGCUACAAGUUAUAUGCCAUAAUAAAAAGGAUGGUAGAUCAAAACAAAGCUGUAAAAAUAAUGGGAGUUGACAAGCCACAAGCCAUGUGACAUGGCCAAAGAUACUGGGUGAAGUGUCCACUUCCAUGUAUCACAGCCAAAGAUAUAGAACAAAACUAUUUGCAUGGACUGGGGGAAGUGUCUGCUACCCCAUUAACAGCAGUGAGGUGGAUAGUGCACUUUAUUUCCACUUUUUGUUUCAAUGAAGUCAUUUCAGAAUGGGUUGAUUCUCAUUCCUGAACCAAGAGGAGAGAAGGGAUUCACUUUUGCCCACAUGAGUGCUUCAUUGACAGACACUGCUGAUUUUCCAUCCUCAAGGAACACAGCUAGACCCUAGUCAGGGUGAAAAAUCAAAUGAAUAGUCAGUAUUAACGAUAAGCACAUAAGUACUAACUUUUACUCCUAACUGUGUGUUAAAUGUCUGUAUGAGUAUGUAUGCCUGCCCUUGUGAGCGAAGACAAAUUUCUGUCCUGGGUCUCCUCGACAGACAAUAAAGUCUGAUUUGAUUUGA